AUGGGGGUCAAAAGCGCCUUCUUAAAUGGUUACUUGAAUGAGGAAGUCUUUGUAGCUCAACCAAAAGGGUUUGUUGAUUAUGAAUUUCCUCAGCAUGUUUACAAGUUAAAUAAAGCUUUGUAUGGGUUAAAGCAAACUCAUCGAGCUUGUUGUAGAUCGCAAACUGUACGGGAGCAUGGUUGGGAGUCUUCUAUAUUAACGGCAAGCAGACCUGACAUUGCCUAUGCUGUUGGUAUAUGUGCUCGAUUUCAGUCAGAUCCUCGCACUUCUCAUUUGACCGCUAUUAAACAGAUUCUCAAAUAUGUACAUGGGACGAGUGACUUUGGAAUUUUGUAUUCUUUUGACACAACCUCUACUUUGGUUGGAUAUUGUGAUGCUGAUUGA